AUGGCCACAACAACUUUGGAUAUUGCAGUCUGUCUUGACUGUUCAUCAUCAAUAACAUCCUAUUUUAAUUCGAUUCGUUCAAGUAUUCUUUCAAUUCUUCGUCAAAGUUUAGUAUGUCAUCGAGGUCUUAUUCGUAUGGGAUUGAUCGAAUUCCGAUCACAUACCAAUUAUUGGAUGAAACAUAUGCAUUUAUUUACUUCAUUGUUUGAAACAUUUCAAAAAUGGCUGAAUGAUAUUGAAAUUGAAGAAGGAAAUUCAGAUGAACGUAAAGCAGUUGUCGAUGUACUUGGUGCAUGCUUGACAUUUGAUUGGCGUCCUAAUGUUAAUGGUAAAUGUUCAACUCAUGGUAAUGAUCUUUGGAAAAUAUCUGAUCAAUUUGAAAAACAAGAUAUUAUAUUAGUUGUUGUUGGUAUUGAACCAAGUGUUGUUGUUUAUGCUGAUUUUUAUUGUGCAUUAGCUCACAAAACAGGUGGUGAAUAUCUUCCAAUGAUCAAUGCCGCACGUAUUCUUUCAUCUAUUAUUUUAAACGUUUUAUUUAAAGAAGACACAUUAUGUCAAUUAUUUCGUCAUAUUAACGUUGAAUCUGAUCUUCAACAUAAUUGUUUAUAUAACUAUACAUCUGGUGAACAACAUGUAAGUUUCAUGAUCGAACAUUGUUCGACAAUGUUCGAUAUUCGGCAAUAUUUUCAACAAAUGUUAGACAGACGAAAACGUAUGGUUACAGAUGAUGAUGAAUCUGAUAGUACCACGUAUAUUGAUGAUGUUCAAUAUGCUCCAUCAGAUAAAACAGUUCAUCUGAAAAACGAUUGGCAAUCAUGCUUGAACCAGGUCACAAAAAAAUAA